CCCAUACCAUUUAUUUCCCUCAACGCAUCUCCAUUCAUUUACGUUGUGUACUUUACAUAUUCAUCCUCCACUAUUUGUUUUGUUUUUCUACUGGCAGAAUAGAUCGCGGAAUGAAAUAGCCCAGUUAAACCAGGAAGUUGUCUCUCGCUCGGAAAGCAGGAAGCAGCGUGGGCUGGCCUGUCUCUCUGCGUCACCGCCUGCGUCACACGCCAGGAGUGGGUUCUCCAGUGACUAUAAGGCCGCGUAGCGGAGCAGUCUGCCACAGACAAGGGGAAGAAAGGCUGUGGCUGGUACGGACGGUGCUGUCUGUCUGGCUGCAAUAGAAACAAAAGCGAGCGGUCUGUUCGAGCAUAAAGCGAAAUUGUGUCCCUUGGAUUAUACAUCGUUACUCUAAUGGUGAUCGGAUACCCGGGUUAUUGAUCAGGUCCAUGCUAGCUAGAGCCAUGAGCGGUCUACUGAAGAGGAAGUUUGAGGAGGUCUAUGAUGAGGACCAGUGCUACUCCUCGUCCUCCUCCCGGUCGUCCUCAGCUUACUCCGGGUGGGACUCGGAGGGCGAGAGCUGCUACUCAGACACCCUUGACUCAACACCCAGCAACCCUGGCUCUCCAGACACACAUUGCAACACCAAGUCCAUCCUGAAGAAGGCUAAGCGUGAACGGCUAGUGCGGGGCAACGUGACCUUUGACAUGGUGACAGUGUUUGUCUUCCCACGGUGUCAGGGCUUCAGCAGCGUGCCCAGUAGAGGGGGCUGUUCCCUGGGCAUGAUGCAGCGCCACAGCGCCCUCCGCAGGUACACCCUGGAUGAGUACGCUGUGGAGCAACACACCCUCCGUCGGGAGAAACUCCUCGACCGCCUCCGAGAGGAGAAACUGGACGCUCUCAAACAGAAACUGACUAAGGGAGGCACGGUGGAGUCGGAGGAGGCUGACUGCCUCACCAUCGAAGACAUCCCAGAGGACGAGAUGGACAUUAGCAGCUGUAACCUAGACGAUGGCUCCUUCCUCCACCCCUACCCCUCCAAGAGGAGACAUGCCCUGCUGAAGGCUGCAGGGGUGAAGGUGGAGAAGGAGGAGAAGAGACAGCUGCAGCAGCUCAGAGUGUCCAGGGAGGACUGUGGGUGUGACUGCCAGGGUUUCUGUGAGCCAGAGACCUGCGCCUGCAGCCUGGCAGGCAUCAAGUGUCAGAUGGACCACUCGUCAUUUCCCUGCGGCUGCACUAAGGACGGCUGCGGUAACCAGGAAGGUCGUAAAGAGUUCAACUCCAGCCGGGUUCAGACCCACUACAUCCACACCAUCAUGAAGCUAGAGCUGGAGAAGAGACUGGAGGAGACGUCUGGACCAGAGGAAGAGGACCCGGGAGAGACCACCUUCUACUUCAGCUCAGAGCUGGCAUCGGUCGGGGAGAACAGUUGUACCAGUGACAUGACAGACUCCUCUGCCUCCUCGGGGGGGAGUGAGGACUCAGAGGAAGGGGCGGAGUUAGGCCGGGAGGACGAUGUGGAUGAAAACGGACUGAGCCGCAUCCUCAGCGACAACGACUAUAACGUAAACAACUACGUUGUUAAUGACAACCGCUGUUGCCCCGAGCAAUGGCUACAGCAGCAGCAGCAGGCAUCGUCCAUGACGACAACAACACAGAUGUUGGGAGGGUUUAGCACAGCAGACUUCCCAGAGGAGAAUGACAAUUUAGAGGUGCACACAGACAACCGGGCCAUGGCCAUAUCACUGUUCGAUGAUACCGCUAACCAAGGCAACGGUCUGUUCUACCACAGCAGCUGCAGAGCCCUCUCUCCCUCCGUAGACUGCCCCAACACCCCAUCCCCCUCAGUAGAUGGCACCGCUGCCAGCUACAUGGACCUCAGCCUGUCCUCAGAGUCUCACCUGGAGUUCUUUGAUGGUUUCUGUCUGGGUCCUUCCUCCCUCUACAACUCCCUAACGGAGUACCAACACAUGGACAACUUCUUUCACUUCCAGUUGCCUAGUUACGCCAGCAGCCAAUCACAGGCCAUCGACCCCGGGACCUGCCUCCUGGAGUCUCUGAUUGGUCUGCCAGAAUCUGACCCAGAACCCCUUGUAACGUUCACAGACAAUCAGCUGUUGGAAGAAGCUGUCAGGGGUUAACUAUCGGGACCUGAACCGCCAACUGUGUUCUGGACUAUGUAGUGAAUUAGGGGGGAUGGGGGUCAGUGUUCUGGACUAUGUAGUGAAUUAGGGGGGAUGGGGGUCAGUGUUCUGGACUAUGUAGUGAAUUAGGGGGGACGGGGGACUGCUGUUGGAAGAAGCUGUGAUUUCUCUCUUGCCUUCCAAUUGUUAGCAAAGCAGUUGGUAAUUAUCGCUUUAUAAAAUGGCAGCUAACGUUUCAGUUGGUAAUUAUCGCUGUAUGAAAUGGCAGCUAACGUUUCAGUUGGUAAUUAUCGCUGUAUGAAAUGGCAGCUAACGUUUCAGUUGGUAAUUAUCGCUGUAUGAAAUGGCAGCUAACGUUUCAGUUGGUAAUUAUCGCUGUAUGAAAUGGCAGCUAACAUUUCAUAAAAGUGAGAUUUAAAAUAAGUAAUUUUCUACAUUGUAGAAAUAAUAGGGAAGACCCAUGAAACCUAUGAAAUAACACGUGUUGGGUUUUAUAUGUCGCUAAAUGUCAACCUCAGAAACCAAGAAUGGUACAGCUGGGUAUUCAUUAAUACAUUAAAUUAAUACAUUAAAACAAAAAUGGUUUUCAAAAAACCUAUAACUGUCAAGACAUAUUAUUAUUUUAAUUUAUUUCUUUUCAGAUUUUCUAUUUAUUUUCAGAUAAAAAAAACUACUAAAGCUAUGCUGAAGCAGCACUGUGGUUUGAUAUUUAUAACCUGGAAGUGCAAUCUUUCCUUAUGUGUCCCAAAUGGCACACUAUUCCCUAUGUAGUACCCUACUUCCCAUAGGGCUCUGGUCUAAAAUAGUGCACUAUAUAGGGAAUAGGGUGCCAUAUGAAACUGAAUCCGUAUUAGACAUAGUCGGCAAUAUGGGAUUAUAGAAAAGACCAUUGGGAAAGUAUUUAAUAUCUGUUCUCUUAUUGUAUAAACAACAUUUUGGUUAAAUUAUUUGAGUAGUUUGAUCUAAUUUAUGACAUGUUGGGCAAUAAGAGAUUGGUGUUUACUCAGGGGGGCUAUGGCCUAAUCAUUCCCUAAACCCUACGCCAUUGUGGAGAUCUGAGGUGAUUUGAUUGGUAUAAGCAAUAUAACGAAAACUUCCACCUAGCCUAUCAGAGCGCAAGGGGGAGCUAUUACCAUAUGGACUGCACCGGUCGGAUCCAAUCAGCUCUCCACACGUGUAGGGUUGAUGGGUCGAUUCGGCCAACGUCACAGUGCUUCUGUUUGAGCUGUGGGACUGUACCGUGUUCCUAUUUUAUAAAUCAAAAUGUAGAAUUCUGGCUCUGCUGUAGAUACUGCUAUCUAUAAUGUUACCAUAGAGAAUCACUCUUAUUUUAUUAAUCAUUUGUGUAGAUUGAAAGAAUUCUAAAUCUGUCACUGAAAUAAUUUUAUUCAGGAAAUGCAAAUUGUGUUUGUUUUUUUUAAACUAUUGAAAUCUUUGUAAUAGAUAAAUAUAGACUUAUUAUGAAAGCUUUUGCUUUCCAGUAUUUUUCAUAUGAACUCUGAAAUGCCACUAAAACAAAAUGGAUUAGAAAAGUAUCCAUAUGGUUGUUGUGACUGAGACAACGUGAUAUUUUAUGCAGAAAGACUCAGAAGUUGUGUGUUUGCCUCAUUAAGUCCUCAAGCAGACCUCAUUUGCUUACGUGGAGAUCAUCUCAUUGAAAUAAAACCCAAAGCUACGAACAGAACACAGCUUCUCUGGUGGAAAUGCAGCUAAAUAAAGACAUGGGUAUUUAUUACAUUCCUGAAUGGAAACCAGUUUUUCAUCGUCACUCGGACAGUUUUUAAAAAGCUGUUCAUUUCAUUCCCUUUUUGGACAGUUUUAUUUUAUUUUAAUAAAAUCUUUUCUUAAAUGCU